AUGGGCGACGCGAACCUCUUCUCCGACACCUUCACCCUGACCUCGAUCAACGCGCAAAAGUACGACCGCGUGGCCCGCCUCGCGGCGCACACCGAAAACGGCGACACGUCCCUCACCCUCGACGUCAACACCGAGCUCUUCCCCUGCACCAUCGGCGACCGCCUCCAGAUCCUGCUCGCGUCGACGCUCUCGCUCGACGGCAGCAAGGACGACGGCAAGGGGUGGCGCGAUGUCGGGCGGGGGGAGGCGAGCGUGGCGGACGAGUAUGAUUACGUGUGCCAUGGGAAGAUUUAUCGGUUUGAGGAGGGGGAUGAUGAGAAUAUAAAGGUGUUUGUGUCGUUUGGGGGGUUGCUGCUCUAUAUGGAGGGACCGUAUAAGAACCUUACGCCGCUGAGGAUAGACUAUGUUUAUCUUUGCAUGAAGAAAUGA